GAAGGUCCCUGUAGUUUUCAGACCAGUACCUACUUGGUAAGAAAAAUGCAGUGCCUCAGAGAACUAAAUAUAUAACCAUUUAUAUCACUAAUUCUUUGGAGUGAUUAAAAAUAGAGCAAGAGGAGCAUCAAGCACAUACAGACUGUGUGACUGUAGAGUUUGCAUGGAGCUGGAGCAGAAUUCUGUGGAGCCCCAGGCUGGUACCUGUUCAGCACAUCAAUAUUGGUCAAGUGGCUGCUUUCAAGUUAUUGAAGCAAUUUUCAUUUAACUCUUACUUACAGUGGCCCAUUAGUGCGUUAUCCCACAGAGUAGCUGAUGCUCAUUGUUGUUAUGGCGUGAUUGGGUCUUUCAGAGGACUUAGGGUCAGUAAGAACAUGAUGUCUGCAUCUCAGUUUGGGAAAACACUGUGGUUCUAUGACAUUUUGCAUUUUCAGUUCAAAAGACGCUCUCUGGGAAGGAGAGCUACUUGCUCAUUCUUUAUUGUGAAGGAGACAAGCGAGACAAGCGAGGAACAGAUUCUGUUGAUGAUGGUUUUUUCUUUCUUUGUCUUAAAAUUUACAAUACAAGUGUAGUUUUGCAUCUUUUAAGCUGUCGGCUGUGUUAAAAGUACCAAAUUCUAGUGUCUGUGAAGAACUGUCUCAUUAUAUAAGAACUGUUUCAUUAUACAUUACUGGCUGUAAUGGAGAAAGUGAUGCUUUUUUGUUCUAUUUUUACUUCUGAAAUUUUGCACAGCUCCUGCUAAUCUGGAGAACUGGUUUUGCAUUUUACUGCUUCGCAGUGAGUUUCACAAGUUCAGUUGUUUGGGGUUUUUUCUGACCUUUCACACGUCUACUGCAAGCUUAAAAUUACUAUGCUAAGGUUUUCCAGUCCUUAAACAAAUGUAUUUGUUUGGAGGAAGAAGGAAGGAAGGAGAAUGCUUUUGAGACGCACCCAGGUUUUACAGCGCUUCUUUUUAAAAGUAGCGGUUCUUUUGACUCAGGAUCCCGUGUUGUGACCAAAAAUCCUCUGGUUACUGAUUGUCCUUGGCAAUUUGAGCUGCUGCAGUUUCCCCUUAUCUCACUGUUAAGCUUAUAUUGGGUGUUUAAACAUGUUCUGUGACAUAUGGCUCAUAUUGGGAGAUCAUUCCAUGGAUAGUUCGUGUGCGUAACAUCACUGAAUGCCACUGUCCUCUCUGAGCUCAGGGCUUGUACCACCCUGUGAUGCUGUUGCUGGGGAAUAAAAGACAGCUGGGUUCUGGUGCUCAGCCCACUGGUUAAGAACAUUGCUGAAGGGACCUGUAUGUGAUUGCGUGGUGGGGAAAGAAUUAAACAAAAGCUGACUAACUGUUCUACCCUCCUAAAUCGGAUUUAUGGGAUUUAAGCAAAUCUGCUGGAAUUCCUUGAUCUUCCUCCUGUUCCUUACAGCCUGAGUAUUACACCAGCUCUGGGUACGAUUUCUAUUAACUACCUUUCUUUUUUAGGCUUUCACUGAAGACCAAUUAUGGAGGAAGCAUUGACAUUUCAGCUGGUUUUGAGGAAUAAUAGUCCUGCCAGUUCUGGAGAAGUAGGUUGAAUUCCAGAGAGCCAAGAGCAUUUGAGAAGAUUAUGCUCCUUAUUCAGAAGGAAAUGGAAGAGGCAUCCCGCUCCCUCCGGAGCGGAGCGACUAGUGCCCUGCUCCUGAGGAAGCCCAACUGCAGAGCCCGGGGAGGAGGCAGCCGCUGAGCCCCGCAGCUGAACGAGAAUGUGAUGCUUGAAGAACCUUCUGCCCACUUUAUGCAAGAAGGAUGGAGAUCCCUAAAGUACUUGGGCUCCUGGUAGAGCUCUCGAGUCUGUUAUCCUGUCUCAGAUGCGUGGAGCCUUUCCUGGGAUCUCAGCCCAACCAAAACCAUUUGCAGAGUGCAGCGUCCAGCGUGUGCGGUGUGGGACCUCUGGGGUAUUAUAACGGCUCGCUGGCCGUCACCGAGGCCGGGGCGGCGUGUCUCAACUGGGCAGAGUUCCCUGAUUAUAUCCAGCAGUACCCAGACCGUGGCUUGGGGGACCACAACCAAUGCAGGAACCCGGAUGGGGGAACUACACCCUGGUGCUUCUACCGGCUCGCGUCGGGGGCCAUCGGCUGGGCUAACUGUGACUGUAACCAAGGUGCUGUGCGGUUGGCUGAAGACAGUAGAGUGGAGCUGUACUACAAUGGACUCUGGGGCACCAUCUGUGCUGACCACUGGACUGACUGGGAUGCCAGUGUGGUCUGCAGGCAACUAGGUCUCAGUGAGAUCGGCACAGCUGGGAAGAAGAGUCAUCCCAGACUGUGGCCUGUUCCCCUGCACCUGCAGUCAGCAAACUGCCACGGGGAUGAGAAAGCCCUGCUGCAGUGUGGCUACCGGGAAGCCGUGUCAGGAGCCUGUAGCCAGGGAAGUGCCAUGGUAACGUGUGUCCCUCCGGAAGGUGUAGGUGCCCCCCUGCGUUUAGUUGGGGGAAAGGAGAGCUUUGAAGGGCGAGUGGAGGUUUACCAUGAUGGCAAGUGGGGUACCAUCUGUGAUGACCAGUGGGACGACCGGGAUGCUGAAGUAGUUUGUAGGCAGCUGGGACUCAGUGGGAACCCGAAAGCCUUGUCAUGGGCUCACUAUGGGCAGGGAUCUGGCCCAAUCCUGCUGGAUGAAGUGGAGUGCUCAGGCAAUGAACUCUCACUCGACCAGUGCAAGAAAAGUGACUGGGGACAGCAGAACUGUGACCACAUCGAAGAUGCUGGGGUCUCCUGUGACCCUUUCACAGAGGGCACCGUCAGGCUGGCUGGUGGCCUCAGCCCCAGAGAAGGCAGGGUAGAAGUUUAUUACAACGGAGACUGGGGCACAGUAUGCGAUGAUGGCUGGACAGACCUCGGUGCCCAGGUGGUCUGCAGGCAGCUGGGCUUCAGUGGUCCUGCUACUCUGGCCUCUGAAGGAGACUAUGCUGCUGGCCAAGGCUUUAUCUUACUGGAUGAUGUGGCUUGUGUGGGGACAGAGCUGUCCCUCCUGGACUGUCCCCACAGCAACUGGGGGCAGCAUGACUGCUCACACGCUGAGGACGUGGGAGUCCGCUGUUCCCCCGAAGGCAACACGGUCAUGGAUGGCAGCCUGGGGCCUCCUGUGCGGCUGGUGGAUGGAGAAAGCACCAAGGAGGGACGGGUUGAGAUAUUCCUGAACGGGCAGUGGGGCAGUGUCUGUGAUGAGGGCUGGACAGACCGAGAUGCCACAGUAGUUUGCAGGCAGCUGGGAUUCAGAGGCACAGCAAAAGCCAGGGCAAUGGCUUAUUUUGGUGAAGGCCAUGGGCCCAUCCAUCUGGACAACGUAGAAUGCAGUGGCACGGAGCACACCCUGGGGCAGUGUGUCAGGCCUGACACCGGGAUUCACAGCUGCUGGCACAGCGAGGAUGCUGGUGUGAUCUGUGACUACGUGGAAGAGAAAGUCCAAGACAUCAAAGCAGGUCCAGCAUCUGGUGUGUGUGGGAUGCGCCUGCUUCACCGUCGCAAGAAAAGGAUCAUAGGUGGAAACAAGUCUCUCAGAGGAGGUUGGCCGUGGCAAGCCUCACUAAGAUUGAAGGGUUUUCGUCGAGAUACUCGUCUGCUGUGUGGGGCAACGCUGAUCAGCAGCUGCUGGGUAGUGACUGCAGCCCACUGCUUCAAAAGGUUUGGUGUUGAUGUGCGGCGCUACCUGCUGCGGGUGGGCGAUUACCACACGGGCGUGAAGGACGAGUUUGAGAGGGAGCUGCCUGUGGAGCGGAUCGUCCUCCACAGAAACUACUGGGCUGGCAGCAACGAUAAUGACAUUGCUCUUGUCCGGAUGCGGGGCAGAGAUGGGCACUGUCUCUCCUUCAAUCACCAUGUUCUGCCCGUCUGCCUGCCCGACAGGAAAGAGAAGUCCGACAUCAACAGGGAGGCUUGCAUCAUCUCUGGCUGGGGAGACACAGGGAAGUCCUAUUCGAGAACCCUGCUGCAGGGGGUGGUGCCUCUUCUCCCACGGGAAGACUGUGAGGCCCGUUAUGGGCAGAAGUUCACCAACCGCAUGAUUUGUGCCGGGAAUCUCUCCGAAGAGAAACGGGUGGACAGCUGCCAAGGUGACAGCGGAGGGCCACUCAUGUGCCAGAGGUCAAACGGGCGCUGGAUCAUUUUGGGGAUCACUUCCUGGGGUUACGGCUGCGGUCGGAAGGAUUCCCCUGGUGUGUACACAAAGGUCAGCAAAUACGUACCCUGGAUCAAGAAAGUGACCAAGCUAAAAUGAAAAUGUCUGAGCUCUAGGAACUUCAACGUGUCGUCCUUUUGCUCCACAGCAGCAGAAAAGGCUGUGGUUUCUGGCCUGUGACUGACUGACAGAGAUUUAUUUUGUCAUUGGAUGCUGGGAAAAGACUUUAACAUAGAACUGGGAGAAAAGCAGUUAAUGGCUGAUUCUUUAAAGUCUUUGGUUUCACUUUAGUCCAUAAUCUCUGAGCAGAGAAAGCAGGUGCACACUGAUAAGAAUGAUAAGUCUAUGUUGGUCUGACUGUCUGAGUCCUAUAAUGUAAUCACACUUGUUCCUUCACCCUGCCACAUGGAAAUGGUAGAAGUGGAGAGAUACCUGCCUCUGUGAAUCUGCUCCCGUUUCUGUAUGUUUGUGUACUUGAAACAUGCUGCAAGGAGAGGUGAGAUGCUCAGAAGAUGGCACCAGGCUCUGGCAUAGUGGAAAUCUUCAGAUAUUUUUUCAUAGCAGCUCUCUUCAAUUCCAGGAAUCAGAAGAUUUGGCCUCAAGUGAGGAACAGGCCAACAGUUGGGGUUUUUUUUCCUUCCCUGUUAUGUCUUUAGGGGGAACGUUCUCUCUUCUGAACAGCAGGUCUGCUCCCAUAUCAUCCUUUUAAACUGUCUGUCCCUGUGAAGAGAUGCUUGUUCCUCCUGCUGUAAUCCCGUAUCACACAUUUCCAGUUGCCAGAUGCUAUGGUUUUAUUGCUGCUUUCUCAAUAUACUGGUUCUUUUGAGUUGUUUUUGGUUUGGUUGGGGUUUUUUUUCUUCCUUAAAGCAGCAUCUCCUAGAAUUAGUUGUUGGUGUGAGAGUAAAUCUUCAUUUUUAAGAGACAAUAGCUUUCCUGCCCUUGUGAUUACUACGAAGAACUUAAAAAUGUGACCUCAAAAGGCUAAAUAGACACGUUAUUUUUCUUUAAAUCCGAAUGUACUGUUAAUCUCAAACAUUCAGGUGUUGAGUCAUGAUUUAACAGCAUCGUGGGGACUUUCUCUUGGUACCUCAUUCACCGUAGUUAUUAGCUGCCCUUUAUUUGUGAUGUUAGUCUUUAAUAUCUCUGUGUUCACAGUUCUCCCAUGAAACAUGGAAAAACUCCUGGGAUAUAGAUACACAAUAAACACAGGGAGUGAGUAAUCUCCUCAGACCCGUUCAGAGCACCACUGUUGCUCUUUACUGUUUAAAGUGGGGCUGUGGCCCAAACCAAACUCGAGUGCUUUGCUCUCAAGCUUGCUUGAACUGCCUGGUUGUCAGUCAGCCACUCUGGGACUGUAUUUUGUAUUUAAUGUUGGCCAGCAGCAGGUGUUUCAAAGGAUAGUACACGCGAGUUUGUGCUGAACAAGUUUUAACAGCCUUUCCUUUUGGGGAAUUUUGUUCUUGGCCCAUUUAAAUUAAUUACUUGCAUUCCUAUUAUUAUCAUUAAAAAUAGAAGAACAAGUACUCAGUCCUCUAGGUGUUGUACAAACACUAUGCACUAUCCUUUUGUGAUUUGUUUUUUUUUCCUACGGAGUGAGAGUUUAUAUCCCUAACUUUUAAAAAGCUAUUUAAUGUAACCAGCCUUCAUCUUUCAUAUAAAUGUUUAAUCCCUAAUUUAAUCCAACUAAACUCUCAGCCUCAAUAUUUUCUGGCAAUGAGAACCAGUAUAAUUUUAUUCUCCAUAGCACAUAAUUUCUUUUUAUGGUUCCUGAAUUAAUUGCCUUUUGUCUUCAUUGAAUCCCAUCUGUCCUUGUGUUCUCAGCGAUGGCAGUAUAGUCUCUGUCACCCGUUACUCUAGAGAUAGUCCCUUUUCUGAAAUUGUGGUUUCUCUGUCUCUCUUCAACCGAAAUGGCCUGACUAUCUGAUGACAUGCUGACUCCCUCUCCAUGUCUUCUCUUUCUGCUGGAUCUUUAAGCUUUGGUACCCAGAACUGAAUGCAGUUUGCCAGGGAAGGCUGUGCCAUCUGCUGAUUAUUUUCAGUAUGAUUUUCUAUCGUAGGCAACGCUGGAAGCGUUUUUCAGCGCUGUGUAUUAUGUGUGUGUGCAGGAGCUGGCUUUAAACUUGCAGUAUGGCAUGUGCUGGUGAUGUGGGAAAGGGAAUGUCACUGUCACUGGCUGGGAGCACGGGCAGGAGCAGAACCUUGGCUGUGGUAAGGGUUUAGGGAGCAGCUAUUAGUGCUCCAGGUAUCCCUCUCUGAGGGAAUGCCCCAAUGCUCUACAAAGGCUGACCCAGUGCCAGUGUCUCCCUGUCCUGCAGUGCCCUUAUCAGCCCUGUCUUCACACCAGCCCAGGCUUUGGCCAGUUGAAGCUGGAUUAAAGAUUUCUCCCUUUCCUGUCGCUGAACGCUGUUCUGAUGAUUUCCAUGAAUUAUGUUCUGUGCUGUAAUUAAUCAGGCAGCUGUUUAUUAACCUGGACAGGAUGUUGUUGAUUGUCCUUGUAACCCUUUUACCCUUGUAGCAGAGAAUAGAAACCAGAGAUCAGUUUCUGAGAGGUAUUAGCAGAGGUGUUGGUGAGGAACUAGGAACAUGGAUAUUUGCUAUCUCGGGGGUAAGAGAGUUGUGCCUGCCUUUUUCCUGUCUUCCUUCCUUUCUGAACCCAAUAUCCUUAAGUCUAUUAACCAAAAAAAAAAAAAAUAUCUGUGGUGAAACCACUUGAAGACAGAUUUUUAUGUGUAUAUUCAGCAAUCAAGUGAAAGCCUUGGAGAGUUGAACUGCGCUGUGGUAUUUAACACCAUCUUGUCAGACUCCCUGGGAAUCUCCUGCAGCUGGAGGGAACAGAACAGCCCUUGCAGGUAACCAGCUUGGGACCACUCCUUGUGGAACAAGGCACUGUGACCCAGACCAAUGCACAUCUCGUGGGCUUAUAUUUUUAUGUGUUAAGAAAAAUAUUUAAUUCCUCAUCUUAAGGAGAAACAUUCUUUUGUGUAGUAUCCCAGUCCUGUGAAAAUCCCUUUCUACAAACCAGAGGCCGAGCACCUCCAAAAUCAGUCAAGUGCCAAAACUGUCGUGUCCCCUGGAUCAACACCAAUGGCUCACAAGGUAUGCUAAUAAAUGGAUUAUACUGUGA